CUACAAACCUGCCAAUAAAAAAAAAAAACUAUGGAGAAAUUAUUACCAGUGAGGAGGCUUGUUCACAGGACCUGGGUGAUAUUAGUGCUUGAAUACCUGGUGUGCUAUGCAAGGGUCAUUACAGCAACGUCGGGCAUGUUUCAGGACCAAGUCCCGAAGUUUGUAACACCAGAAAGUUAUUACACAGGUUUGAGAACGUUUCACGGCCAGAGCCUGACAGCCAUGUCCCUUUCCCUCGACGGCUCUCAGCUCUACUUGGGUGGCAAGAACACCUUCUUCAUCAUGGAACUAGCCCAACCCUUCGGCCAGGCCUCGGCCAUCCGCACCUUCUCCUGGGUCCCCGAUACCUCCGAUAUUAACUCCUGCACCAUGAAGGGCAAGCAGGAAUGGCAGUGUCAGAAUUUCGUCCAGGUGGUGCUGAUGAACAAUCAGACCGAUCGGUUGCUGGUCUGCGGGACCAACGCCUGGGCACCGUUGUGUCGGAACUUCGCGCCACAUUCACUCUUGGUGUAUGAAGAGCUUAAUGGGAUCAAGCGAUGCCCAUUUAGUCCGGAACAGAAAAGCACAGCAUUAUUUGCAGAUGGAGCUUUGUAUAGUGCCGCUGUAACCGGCUUCUCUGCAGUCGAUUCCAUAAUCAUGCGCAGCAUGAAAGAAAGUGUAAUCGAGAGGAAGGACGUGGAAACAAAAUGGCUGAAAGUGCCGGAAUUCAUCAAGUCGUUUGAGGUCGGCGACUGGGUCGUAUUCUUCUUUAGAGAGAUAGCAGUUGAGCAUGUCAACUCCGGAGAGGCCAUCUAUUCUCGGGUCGCCAAAGUCUGCAAAGACGACAUUGGCGGUAAUUGGGACUUGGAGGGAAAAUUUACCACCUUCCAGAAGGCUCGCCUCAACUGUUCGUUCCCCGGCUCCUUCCCGUUCUACUUCAACUAUCUCCAGGAUGUAUACAAGGUGGGAGAAGGCAGAAAUAUCAUUUUCUAUGGAGUCUUCACAACUGGGGACCAUGAGAUUCCCGGCUCGGCUGUUUGCGUUUUCAGCCUGGACAAAAUUGAAGAGAUUAUCAACGAGGGCCAGUUUAAGAGACAACAGCAGUGUACCCUGUACCCGGUCUCUGCUGACGAUGUGCCCGACCCAAGACCUGGCCUUUGUACGACAAAUUCCAAGCUGGUACCUCAACACACACUGGAAUUUAUCCUAGCACACCCACUCAUGCACCAGUCGGUACCCAACUUGGGCGGCGACAGGCCACGUUUUGACCUGACGCGGGCCGACUUUCGCAUCAUGCAGGUAGUGGUGCACAAACAGAAGGCAUCCAAUGACAAGACCUACGAUGUGCUGUUUUUGGGCACCGAUGACGGCCGAGUCCUGAAGGUGGUCAUUGUCCAGGACACCAACAGUCAGUACCGCUCCAACCUCCUGGAGGAGAUCUUCAUCUCGCCCCGGGACCAUCCCGAGGGAGUGGUCAACAUGGAGGCCAUCCAGCAGCAGAUUGGGCAGCCGCAGGUCAUCCUGGUCAACACCAACAGUACGGUGGUGGAGCUGCCGCUACAAAGAUGCUACAAUCUCAACGAGUGUGCUUGUCAACAGGACCCUUACUGCGUAUUCAACAACCUGAGCCAGAUGUGUGUACGAUUUAUUGCCAACAAAUAUGAUUCAGCAGAUGUUGAAAACAUUCGUGACUGUCCAAAAGAAGUUCCAGCUGAUUGUGAGGUACAGGACCCAGUCAAUGGUGAGCUUACCCAUCGGGUCAGAUGUAUCCGGCACAACAGUGAGCUUGACUACUCUUGUAAUAAUGGAUAUGAGAAGGAGAACAAGGUGACUCGUUGUGAGUGGGGGGUGUUGACCCCAGGCCCACCAAAGUGUGUCCAUCCACUUGGUGACGACCAGAUGUCCUAUGUUCCACCACAGAGCUCACCGAGUGAUAUACUUGGGGACUUCGGGAUAACCUAUGACUGUGUGCCUUAA